AUGGAGAGUAAAUUCUCUGCAAUAUGCAAUGACAGACGUGUUGUGACACCAGGUCAAAAUCAAGAAUUAGUCAAUAGUACAGAAGAUUGGAAUACAUCUUCUGUUUUGAUAGACCGUUUUUAUCUCUUACAACUACAUGGAAAAAAUAUAGAUACACACAUUGCUGAGUUAAAAAAGGAGUGUGAUCAAAUAACCUCCUAUAAACUUGGGCAUAGUUCUGAAAAGAAUAAAUUAUCGACUCAUAUAAUAGUAGAUAGUGGGGUGUGUGAGAAAUCUCCAGUACCAGUAUUGGGAGAACUCCCUUGUGUUUCUUUUUCACCUUAUUCACAAGUUCAUAUUAAGAGGAGAAAUUCAUCUUUACCCAUAAAUGGUGGAAGCCCUGGAGCAAAAGAUGUUCAGUUUCAAGACCCUUGCUGGGGUGUUUGUAAUAGUACGACUAAACGAUAUACAAACAGUAGAGAACGUCAUUCAUCAUCGCCACAGCUCAUUAUUGAAGUAGUAGAUUCCUAUGAAACCGAAUCUAAAGUUGAGUCACAAUUCAGGUCCGUACCCAAUGUGAAUGAAAUGAAUAGCGUAGGCGACGAGUCUGCAGUUUGUCAAUCUAAACUUCUCUCAAGUUUGAAAGAUGCUGUUACCACCGAUAUUUCUAUUCCUCCUUCUUCUUUACUUCCCCCUCCUCUUUCUGCAUUACAAUCCCUUCCUUCAGGAGGAAACAGGAUAAGUGAUGAACGACAAGAGCAUAUUUCCUUUCUUUUGGAUCAGAUACAGCAAAUAAAUGCACCACCACAAUCUGCGUCUCCAGUAGCCGACAUAUUUCAAAGAAUUCGAUAUAAAUUUGGUGCCUUAACCAAUGCAACCGAUACCGUUUCUACCUUGGGUGACAGUCGUAUUCAAUCAAUAAAGACGACAGAAGCGAAAAAUGAGUUAAAGAAACAGACAUCAUUGCCUUUAUCAGCUGAAACGUUUGUGAACUCUGGAGAAGAGACCUCUUCUUCUUAUGUUUUGAGCCAUUUGAACCAUACACCAGUAGCCCCAUUAUCAAAGAAAUUACCACCACCUCCACCAUCUCUGCCCCGACCACCACCACCACCACCUCCUCCACCACUACCACCAAGUAGUAGUAGUGCCAAAAAAGUUCCGUCGUUAGCAGUAGAAGUAACAUCGGAUAAUUCUUUUGGAGUUUGUUCUCUCACUUCGUCUCCUGUGGUGGAUUACGAUAAGAAGGUACAAGAAGCACUACAAAGUGGAGAGUGGAAAGAAACCAAGGAUAAGAAGGGUAGAGUGUAUUACUACAACCCCAAGGAGAAAAAGACGUGUUGGAAUUUGGCAAAGGAGUUCCGUCGUUUAGCGGGAGAAUCUGGUUCAUAA